CCGGCUAAUGCCCCGCCCCCACACCGGAGGUCCGGAAACGGACGUGAUGGAUACGGAAGUAGCCUGCUGUUGCCGAGGGGACGGGACGGGCAGAUGCCAACAUGGCAGCGGUUGGGGUUGGCGGUUCUACCGCUGCUGCCGGGACAGGGGCUGUGUCCGCGGGCGCGUUGGAACCUGGAUCCGCUACAGCGGCUCACCGGCGCCUCAAGUAUAUAUCCUUAGCUGUGCUGGUGGUACAGAAUGCCUCCCUCAUCCUCAGCAUCCGCUAUGCUCGCACACUGCCUGGGGACCGCUUCUUUGCCACCACUGCUGUGGUCAUGGCUGAAGUGCUCAAAGGUCUCACCUGUCUCCUGCUGCUCUUCGCACAAAAGAGGGGUAAUGUGAAGCACCUGGUCCUCUUCCUCCAUGAAGCUGUCCUGGUACAAUAUGUGGACACACUCAAGCUCGCCGUGCCCUCUCUCAUCUAUACCUUGCAGAAUAACCUCCAGUAUGUUGCCAUCACCAACCUGCCAGCUGCCACUUUCCAGGUGACAUAUCAGCUGAAGAUCCUGACCACAGCACUGUUCUCUGUGCUCAUGUUGAAUCGCAGCCUCUCACGCCUGCAGUGGGCCUCUCUGCUGCUGCUCUUCACUGGUGUUGCCAUUGUCCAGGCACAGCAAGCUGGUGGGAGUGGCCCACGGCCCCUGGAUCAGAACCCAGGGGCAGGCUUAGCAGCCGUUGUGGCCUCCUGUCUCUCCUCAGGCUUCGCUGGUGUCUACUUUGAGAAGAUCCUCAAAGGCAGCUCAGGUUCUGUGUGGCUGCGGAACCUCCAGCUCGGCCUCUUUGGCACAGCGUUGGGCUUGGUGGGGCUCUGGUGGGCUGAGGGCACUGCUGUUGCCAGCCAAGGCUUCUUCUUCGGGUACACGCCUGCUGUCUGGGGUGUAGUACUAAACCAAGCCUUCGGUGGGCUCCUGGUGGCUGUUGUUGUCAAAUAUGCUGACAACAUCCUCAAGGGUUUUGCCACCUCCCUGUCCAUUGUGUUGUCCACUGUUGCCUCCAUUCGCCUCUUUGGCUUCCACCUGGACCCAUUAUUUGCCCUGGGCGCUGGGCUCGUCAUUGGUGCCGUCUACCUCUACAGCCUUCCCCGAGGUGCAGUCAAAGCCUCUGCCUCUGCCUCAGCCUCUGCCUCUGGGCCCUGCAUUCACCAGCAGCCUCCUGGGCAGCCACCCCCACCACAGCUGUCUUCUCGAGGAGAACUCAUCACGGAGCCCUUUCUGCCAAAGUUGCUCACCAAGGUGAAGGGGUCGUAGCUGCUGGAACGGAAGAUGCUGGCCUGCCUUCGUUCUCCCUUCUUGCCCUGGCCCAGCUGGGACUAAACUCUUAUCAGUAUUAGGGGUUAGGUGAGGUAGACAUGGGAGCUCCUUGUCCCCACCCCCUCCCGCCCCCACAUAGGGCUGACAUGACUAACCUCUGUUAAUGGGUCCACCUCAGCUCCUGCUACCUUUACAGUAUUUCUUAGGUGAGUUUCUGCAAAUAAAAUGUGUUUUGCACCUUGUGAGACUGGGUUGGAAAGCCUGGAAAGAAUGAA